GAGGUUACUGUUGGAAACCCUGUCAUAAACCCUUUUCCUGGAUCCUGAAAACCCCUUUCCAGUCUUCGGUUUCAUUUCUCUUGCGAAAUCGUCGACCUCGGCGACCGACAUGAAGAGAACGAAGGCAAUUUUAGCGUCAAUGUGGCAUGCCAACUCGCUCCUCCUUAGUCGGCCUUUUGUGCACUCUCAAUACCAGGUGAUGCGAUACACUCACUCACCUUACUUCUCUAGUGUUAGUUCAUCACAAGCUUAUAUUUUUGGUUUUCCUACUAGCUAUCAAAAGCUUCACUUCUCAGCAAAGCCAAACUCUAUUGUAGAUCUAGUUUCAGCCAACGAAUGGUCUGAUUUGGUAGAACAGGAGCUAGAAAAAUCCAAUCCAACGCUAACCCACGAAACUGUUCUUUACGUUUUGAAGAAACUCGAUAAGGACCCAGAAAAAGCUUGGAAUUUCUUCGACUGGGUUUCUGAGAAACGUGGGUUUAAACCCAGUUCUGCGUUGUAUAGCUUAAUGCUCAGGAUUUUAGGUCGCAAGGAAUCGAUGAAGGAGUUUUGGUUAAUGCUCUAUAAAAUGCGGGAUGAUGAGUUCCAUAUUGACAAUGAAACAUAUGUGGCACUAAUUGGUAAUUUCAAGACUGCGAAAAUGGCUGCUGAAGCUGAUGCUCUGACUAAAUUAUACUCUCAGAUGGCUGAAGAGGGUAUCACGGAUUCUACCGUAAAGGGGGUUGUUGAGGUCGUUAUGGCUUCGGAUUGGAGUGAUGAGGUUGAGAAGAAAUUGGGGCAACUCGGGCUUUCUUUAUCGGAGAAUACCCUGUUGAGGGUCUUAAAGGAACUUCGUGCACACCCUUUGAAGGCUUUAGGGGUUUUCCGCUGGGCUGCUAAUCAUCUAGGUUAUAAACACAGUACUGUUACUUAUAAUGCAAUUCUCCACAAUCUCGGGUGGGUUGAAUCGAUUGAGGAGUUUUGGGACAUGGUCAGGGAAAUGAAGGAUGCAGGUCAUGAGAUAGAUCUUGAUACCUAUAUAAAACUUUCAAGGCAGUUUCAGAAGAGCAAGAUGAUAAAGGAUGCUGUGGAGCUUUAUGAGCUUAUGAUGGAUGGCCCCUACAAGCCCUCAAUUCAGAACUGCAGUAUGCUGUUACGGCUUAUCUCGUUGACUGGUAUCCCUGAUUUGGAUUUGGUAUUCAGAGUUGUGAAGAAAUAUGAGGCAGCAGGGCAUCCCCUGUCUAAGGCUGUUUAUGAUGGAAUCCAUAGAUCUUUGACUAGUGUGGGGAAAUUUGAUGAAGCAGAAAAGAUUUUAGUAACCAUGAAAAAUGCUGGUUAUGAACCUGACAACAUCACUUACAGCCAAUUGGUUUAUGGACUCUGCAAGACAGGGAGGCUAGAGGAAGCCUGUAAGACCUUGGAUGAUAUGGAAGCACAAGAUUGUGUUCCUGACCUCAAGACCUGGACCAUUUUAAUUCAGGGGCAUUGCAUGGCUGGCGAAGUUGACAAGGCAUUAAUUUGUUUCACUAAGAUGAUCGGGAAGAACUGUGAUGCUGAUGCCGAUCUCCUAGAAGUCCUGGUAAAUGGUUUGUGUAGUAAGAAUAAGUUAGAUAGUGCAUAUGUUUUGAUAGUUGAGAUGGUGGAGAAGGCCCGUUUGAGACCAUGGCAAGCUACAUAUAAACUUUUGAUUCAAAGGCUACUUGGACAACGGAAGCUCGAGGAAGCAUUGAAGCUUCUUGUUUUAAUGAAGAAACACAAUUUCCCACCAUUCCAGGAACCUUUUGUUCAGUAUAUAGCAAAGUUUGGGACAGUGGAAGAUGCCAAGGAAUUUUUGAAAGCAUUAAGUGUAAAGGCUUACCCAUCUCUUUAUGCUUAUCAUAAUCUCUUCAAAUCUUUCUUCACAGAAGGUAGGGAUUCUGAAGCUCAAGAUUUGCUCUACAAGUGCCCUUAUCAUAUUCGCAAACAUUCUGAAAUUUUGAAUCUUUUUGGUUCUAAAAAAAAGGGGGAGGCCGCUAUUGUUUAAGCCUUUACUAAAACAAUUAUGAUGUCAUGAUAUUACUUCUUUGAUGACCCUUUUUUGAUGCAUUGUAAUAGAAGGUUUAAAAUCUGACUACACUGUUACUGGUUUGGAAAAUGUAUGUUGAUCAAAUAAGUUGCUUAGGCUGUCGAGAGUGGAACAUUUACUUCACCCCUUUUGUAUGUGGUUUUUUAAAUCUUUUAUGAUUCAACUUUGGACUUGGAACUUUGGAAGACCA